CCUCAAUUCACAAGAACUUUAUUUUUAUUCCGUGUGACUUGUAAAGGCGGUAAAGUAAAAACUAGUUGUACGGGAGUAUAUAUGUUGAUUCAGUGCAAUAUUGAUAUUGAUGAACUCUGUGCGGAUGGAUGCGUUAUGUAGUGAAUGAUAUAUCCACUUCAAAAAAGUGUCUUUGUACAUAACUCAAACUUUUUAAACCUAAUUCAACCAAGUUUUUUGCAUUUUGAUCUAGGUAUUUUUAUUUUCUUCAUUAGUAAAUCUCAUCCUGUUUCUACCGAAGCAAGUGUUUCUAGCUUUUGUACUAAUGAGGUAAUGGAAAGAUCAUGUAUUGACUAUAGCAGUUUUUCAUGUAAUGAAACUGAGGAUAAUGUACAUGAAGAUCACAUCCAAUUCAUCCAAGCCAUAAUUCAACUGAAAUCAGCUGCAAAAAUUGGCAACUCAUUGCCAGUUAAUGAAUUCAAUGAAAUUAUUUCAGGAUUUCCACAGCAGUGCAAACAAAUAUUUCCCAUUAGUACCGAUAACGUGUAUGAAAGUAGCAGUGGAAGUCAGACUUUUAUCAGUCAAGAUGUUUGUGAUUCUGGAGUUGGGUCUUCAGUUACAGAAGAGUCUGCCAAUGAACAGAUAUCCACCACAACUAUUUCAUAUUUAAUUCGUUCUUCGACUAUUGCCAAACAUAUAUUUGACUCUGUGUUAUCAGUGACAAAUUAUUUAUACUCUUGUUUAUUUUUUGGAAGUAUACAAACAUUAGAAAAAUGUAUUUGUAACUGGAAAGGCUCUUUAAUUGAAGUGGCAGUGAAUGUUAUUGUGGAAUUAGUGAACUUGGCUAAUAGCCCAGAAGAUCAUAAUUAUUGUAGAGCAUGUAGUGAUUUUAUAACUAGAGUUAUUGACUGUAUUUUCAUGGCAAAAGAUGUAAAUGUGUAUUCUGUCCUUGAGUAUAGGUGUGUUAUCGUAAGCGAACUGAGUAAUAGCCAAUAUUUAUGUGAAGCAGCCAUUCACAGCAUCAUGAAAAGGAUUGAAGACAUGUCCCAAAAAAUGAAGAGGAACAGAUUGAAAGACACUUUGCAACAAAUUGAAGAAGCAGUGAUAGCAUCUCAUGAAUAUGAUACUUCAUUUUAUAUGUUGCACCUGUUAGAACGUUUACUUAAGAAGUGGAAGGAACACUGUAUUGCAUUCACUCAAACAGAUGAAUUCAAAAAAACAACCUAUUUCAGUAUAACUGAGAUGUGGAAAAAAACUUGGGGUAAUUCAGUAAAUUGUGAACAAGGGAGAACAAUGAAGAAUCUUUGGGAAAAGUGGUCUACUACUCUUGAAGAAGCAACGCAUAACACUAUGGAUGAAUUUCCAAACUUUUCUUUUUUAACAUGGUCAUGUUUACAAAUAUUAGAACCCCUUGGCUCUCAUUUACAAAAUGUGUAACAAACACUUUUAUUUUAAAUUGCUUGAACAUGUAUUGAUCUUCUUGUAAUAAAUGAAAUAAAAGUGUGUAGUAUAAAGUAAUGAGUGCUAGAUUGGAAGUCAGCUAGAACCACAUAAGAGACAACAAUUUCAUCAGUUUGCAAAAAUAGUUAUUUUUAAUAAGAGAUUACAUGUAUUGGCUCCAGGUUCCUUGAUACUUUUCGGUCCCUUCCAAUGCAUUAUUACAGUUUAUCCAAACUUCUAGAACCAAGUUUAAAAAGAAUGUCUGAAGUAUCAGUUACUUAUGUUAUUCACUGAGUGUUUUAAAAUAAGCUUUUAAAUCAUUAAGAAGCUUUCAAAAACUUUGUACAAUUUUAUCAAUUUUAAGUUAAAAACAUGAUUUUUUUAAGGUGGGUCGGGGUGAAGAAAAGCUCUAUUUUAAAAUAUACAUAUAAAUAACAUAAAUAUAAUACAUAUAAAUUUAGAUGUCAUCUUCUAAUAGAUGUAUCUUCUUUCAUUUAUAC